AUGCAUUUUAUAGGGUUCGACAUCUUUAGAUACAGAAUCAAGCCAGAAGAUAGCAGAGAUCUACGCUCAAUAUGCAAUAGAGACCUACGCAAUCUACAUCAAACACUCUUCGUAAACAGCGUAUCUGACGAAAUCAGCAUCUAUUCAAAUGAGAACAUGAAAAUACGCAUAUUUGUAACAGAAUCAAGAAUAACAGUGGAAUUGGUCAAUUUAAAGAGCAUGGAAUACGUUUUGUUAGCUGAGUUCCACGGCUGUGCUACUGAAAUGUCAGGCAAAAGCAUUCUGGUCAACAAAAAGUACGAAAUAGAAUUCUAUACUCCUGAUCAAUGUAUACAGUUUCAUGCAUUAUGCAAACAAUUCACCAAAAGCAGUCACAAAAAGCAUUCGGUGAAGGAAACCAGUCGCCUGAAAGCAUUUCAGAGACUAAUGCAUGAAUUCUAA